AAUGUUGGAAUGGGCACUUUUAUUCUUUCUAUCUUGCCCACUUCACUUUGGUUUCUUCACUUUGGUAUAUUGAACCCACUCACAUAAAUGAUAAAAAAUGGCCAGAAACAACAGAGAAACAUCCGUCAUAUCUGACUAUGAAAAGUCCCCUAAUCUGAAUCCGAAUUCAAUCAACAACAACUCAGGUUCCAACAAGACCUCAGCUAAAGCACGAAAUGCUGCUGCACUCCAGGCUCAAAAGGAGUAUUUAGCCAGGCAUAUCAACUCCAAUGGUCCAAAGGACAAAAAAACCCCUCAUGCCUUGGAUUUCGAAAGCUAUCCCAUUGAAUCAUUAAGAAAGUACAGGUUGAAAUAUAACCUUGAUGUUCCAACUGCCAUGAGCAUUAGUGGGUUUAUGUUAGGUAGUGAAAUAGGCAAAAAGACCUAUACAGCAAGACAUCAAGAUAGAAUUUCGAAAAAAGAGUUGGCAAGUGCUGUCAAAAAGGACUUUCUUAGCAAAAACACCAAAGAGAGCGAGAUUAUAACUAAUUUUAUCUACACAAUCAAAAACGAAAGAAAGGCAUUCAAACUAGACUUUGGCAAUGCAUCGUCGUUCAGCACAGACUAGCCCUCUUCUCUUCUCUUUUCUGUUGUAUUUUUUAUUUUUAUACCCUCUAUACUCUUAUACUGUUAUUCGUUGCUGUAUCUUUUAAUAAAUGUUGGAUGUUUGUAGUCGAUUUUUCGCACUGGCUGGAUGUCGG